UCGUCGACAAUGACAAAGACGAGAAGCAAGAACAGGCGAAAUCCUAGCAAGCACGAUCGCGAUCGCGAUCUCUCUGUUUUCGAUUUUAGUCCCGAAGAUCAGCGCAUCGAGAAACACGCCAAAAAGAAAUUGCAAACCUUCAAAAAAUCUAAGAAAUUUGAUUCUCCCGUCGAUAAGUACAGCUUUCUCCAUUGCUUUGCAGGAGGAAUAAGUAGUUUACAAAAUGAUUCGGUGAAUGAAAUCCUACACAUUGAAGAUAGUGAUGAUAUUGCAGAAAUGAAGAUAUUGGAGUCAGGUGCUACUGUGGCGUCUAGCUCCUCACAUUUGAAGCCUUUGACGGAUUAUUGUCUUAAUCAUCUUAAGUUGAAAUGUGACACAUCUGGGGGGAAAGCCCAAUUAACAAGAGUGGAAGUACCUGGAUGUUCUGUCACUGAUGGCAAAAUUUUUAGUAGAAGAGUUUUUGCUGAUAAUGAGCCAGUUAUUCUCGAUUCAGAUGAUGAUACCAAAAUCGAAUCAUCCAAGCCAGCUUGUUAUCUGCCAGAAAAUAAGGGUUCAGGAAACCAACAACAAUUGAUGCAGAGUCCUGAUCUGUGUGAUACGAAAGUUCCGGUGGUUGUUAGACCUGAUCAUAUCAUGUACGAAGAUAUGUAUUCUACAAGCUCCAUUUUGACUUUUUCACGCAGUUCCAUAAAGCUUGAGGGCUCCUUCGGGAUGAAGUUACCAGUUACAUCUGAGUGGACACUCUGUGAUAUUCUCGCUAUUAACUCCGAGUGGUGCAAAAGUGUUGAAACUGCCCUUGUGGAAUUGUCCCUCAAAUCCAAGGAUGCAGAUGUAGCUAAAACUGAUAAUGAAAAUUCAGGUGCUAUUGUGUUAUCAUUGACUUUGUUCGACCCUGAUUGGUCUGAAACACAAGAAGCAAUUAAGAUGUUGGAUGUGAGAUACAAAGAUAAAUGGAAUGACACUACAGCAAUUGAUUGCACAAGGAGCUAUAGUCCAUUUUUUGGGCAGAAAAGCUUUUCAGUUUCAGAGCAUCAUCAUCCCAAUUCCAGAGAUAACUUGGAAGAAAUUAUUUUUCCAGAAGGGGAUCCAGAUGCAAUUUCCAUAAGUAAGAGAGAUGUUGAUCUAUUAAAGCCUAAGACUUUCAUCAACGAUACCAUCAUUGACUUUUACAUUAUGUAUCUGAAGAACAAAAUGAAUCCGGAGGAGAAAGAUAGGUUCCAUUUCUUCAAUAGCUUUUUCUUUAGAAAACUUGCUGAUUUGGAUAGAGAUCCAUCUAGAGCUUGUGGAGGUAGAUCUGCUUUCCUGCGAGUUCGGAGAUGGACCGCAAAAGUUAAUAUUUUUGGAAAGGAAUUCAUUUUUGUUCCAGUCAACUUCAGUCUCCACUGGAGUUUGAUAGUCAUCUGUCACCCUGGCGAGGUUGUUACCUUUAGAGAGGAAGAAAUGGAGAAAUCGUCUAGGGUACCAUGCAUCUUGCACAUGAACUCAAUCCAAGGGAGCCACAAAGGCCUCAAGAAUCUUAUACAAAGUUACUUAUUGGAAGAGUGGAAAGAGAGGCACAAGGAAGUAGGAGAGGAUGUUGCAAGGAAGUUCUCGAGUCUGCCGUUUGUCUGUCUCGAGCUGCCACAGCAGGAAAACUUCUUUGAUUGUGGCCUUUUUCUGCUCCAUUAUGUGGAACUUUUUCUGGAGCAAGCUCCAGUCAACUUCAAGCUCUCCCUAAUAACUGCAUCUUCCAAAUUUCUUUCGAAAAAUUGGUUCUCAACGGAAGAUGUUGAUUGCAAACGUGAAUAUAUCAAGAGAUUGAUCUGCGAAAUUACUAAAAAUAGAGUUCAGAAGGUUUCUCCAGCUGAUUUUGAUGACAACUCUUCUUUACAUUGCUUAGAAGAUGAAAAUACUUGCAUGAACUUUCUUCAGGAAACUUGGAAUGCAAGAGAAGCAUGUCAUGGUAAUGACUUGAGCUCGCAUGAGGAUGAACUUCUGACUUUAUCUCCUGUAGCCAACCUUAUUAGGGGUUUCAAGAAUGCCGGAGUAUCAGAGGUUUCUAAAGAUUUGUCGCAAGCACAGGAUUCUGCAAGGGCACUUACUUAUGACAAUUAUCGGCUUUAUGGGCCAAAGGCAUCACUGGAUCCAUUUAGGAAUGUGAUGUCUCCUAUAGAGGAAGAGGCUAUGGGGGAGCAUAUGACUAUUUCACCAGCCAUGAAAGCAGGGAGCCAGCCAGUUGAUCUUUUUGCAGCACCACAUGCUUCAAGCAGUGUGAUUUCCGAGACCCUGUUUCUUCGAAGAAUUUCUAAGAGCUGCAAUAGUGAAAAGAUAAAUCCACGUUGUCGAAGCAGUAAUUGCGGCGUUUCUCUAAAUUCUGUAGAGAUACACGAUGAGGAAAAUCGUAGGGCCAAAGUGGAGGAGGUGUCUGAUCCAGAUGCAGUAAAAUAUGACUCACAGGAACUUGCAGGCUAUAUUGUUUUGGAUUCGCAGGAGGAAAAAGAGAACCAUGAUUGGAAUUGUCUGGCAAAUAACCUACCCAAUACUUCUUCGUGCCACAGGGAAGCUAGCUCAACUGAUAUUUAUGUUUAUAAAGUAGACGAAAAGAUACUGCCUUCACGAUUAAUAGAGCAGGCUGCAAAGAAGCCAAGGCAUGUGCCUGAAGUUUUGGAGGUGUCCAGUUCUGGAAAAGGGAAAGACCAAAUUGCGUCUUCUUCAACAUCAAGUGAGGAACUUGCAGGCUAUAUUGUUUUGGAUUCGCAGGAGGAAAAGGAGAACCAUGAUUGGAAUUGUCUGGCAAAUAACCUACCCAAUACUUCUUCGUGCCACAGGGAAGUUAGCUCAACUGACUUCUAUGUUUAUGAAGUAGACGAAAAGAUACUGCCUUCACGAUUAAUAGAGCAGGCUGCAAAGAAGCCAAGGCAUGUGCCUGAAGUUUUGGAGGUGUCCAGUUCUGGAAAAGGGAAAGACCAAAUUGCGUCUUCUUCAACAUCAAGUGAGGAACCUGCCUGUUUUGUCCUGGAUUCAGAGGAGGUUGACUCCAAGCUUUAUACUGAAGCAAUUAAUUUAAAACCAGCAACAGGAUCGGGGAACAAGCCAGUUGCAGGGAAAACAAGUUUAUUCCGCCGUCCACGAAGAGGUAGAAUAGUCCUUUCAUAAGAGUUACCUGUACAGCAUUGACCUGCUUGUACAGCGUUUUUGUUUGAAAUGGAUUUUGAAGGAAAUAGGCACAAGUGUAGAUUUCCAUUUUCCCCUUUAUUUACCUUUUUGUCCAGAACUAUCUAUGCAGAGCUAAUACCUACACCCACUGUUUACACCAAAUCAAUGCAACUUGGCAUAGCUAAGUGAUCUAGUGAAGUGAAAAUAUACACUAAUUAACCAUGAAGUCAAUAGUGUUACUUGUAUGUUAAGCCUUAGCUGGUAAUUGUCUAGCUGCUUAAAAUCUAGAAGACCCACAGAGGAUGCAAAAUUUCUUGCCACUUGUCGUGGUUAUUUGUGUAAACUUGUUGCUAGAUUCGUUUGCGGUUGAGUGAGAUCACAAUGGCUUGGUAU